GUUUCCGCGGGUCGUCGUUCCCACUCACAUCACAAUAAUAACUGACCGGAGACCAGCUCACUGAACCCCCUCACCGACGGUCUUCUCUGCAUCUUCCUACCGGCAACGUGGCAAGACUGAACACUUUGUAGAACUUUGUUCCCCGCAUGUAACCUACAAUCAGUGGACAUGGCUCGCCCUGUCGGACUGUCACACUGAAGUCUGAUUUGUUCAGUUGUAUUGUAUUAUUUUCUUUUGGAGUAUCCUGAAGAUGGACGAGAUUUCCUCUUUUCCAGCUCCGCAGCUGUCAGACUACUCAGGGCGUGCGCCUCUGUUUACUGUCAGCUGACUGAGAGCUCACAGGCUGGGACAAUGCAAACAGAGCGGACAUGAAGGAGUAUUAUUCAUAAUCUAUUCAUAAAAUCUAUGACUUUGAUUUCUUUGUCUUAUUUCAUGAGAUAGACUUGUUAGCGCUGGUUCCCGUGCUGUAAUAACUUUGUUAUAUAGGUCACUGUAUCCUGUGAACUUUAUCCUCUUGUUAUCAUGCUGACUUGUUAUCAGCUCAUGUUGUGACUUUCCUGUGAAAUGUGGCAGUCCUGGAUGCACUUUGACUGGCAUGUCUGAGCUGUGAGAUUCCAAAUCUGAACACCUUAUUUUGGCGGAUUUUACUUCAGAAUAAGGAAUAAGAACUUCACAUCACUACAACUCAGGUGAUCAGGUAGGCUGAUCUUGUGUUAAGAGGUCAACAUGGAUCAUAGAGGUCACCCCAGAGGCCACCACUCCCACAGAACCAAGGACAGUGAGGACUACUACAAGUAUUCUCAGCAGGACAGGGACCAGACCUACCCACCAUCGAACCCCAGAGAGAGGGACAGGCACUGGGCUCCCCAUGAUGCCCGCUACAGGACUCAUUUCACUAGCCCGCCCACCAGACCAGAGCAGUAUUCUUACAGCACGCAGCAGUAUCCUUAUUACCAUGGCCCUCCGGAGUACCAAAGACCUCAGUCCAGGCAUGGGUAUGACUAUCAACCUCACAGCCACUGGGACUACAGAGACAACUAUGGUUAUUAUGACCAUGACUACUAUAGAGGACAGCAUGGACAACAAGAUGCUGGUCAGUGGGGUCCCCAAGACUCCUGGAGGACAGACCGUUACCAUGACAGAUCACACAAGCAGGAACACUCAGGGAGCUCCUACAGUGAGGAGUACAGGUCUGACAAAGGGAAAGACAGCUCCCAGCAAUACCUCAAUGACUACGAGGACAAUCCCUCCAGAGAGAAUGAAGAGGUUUCUUCUUAUUACCUGGGGACAUUAGAAAGCUCCAAAAACUCAGGUUUAUCCUCUAGCAGCUAUGAACUGAGUCAGUACAUCAAUGGAGCUGAACACAGUGAGCUUGUUCACACAUCUGACACAGAGCACGGAUCUGCUCAUCAGAUAUCAGCACCUCUCAAGUACUCAGUUCCUCAUGCGACUGUCAGCUUCGGGCCUGCAGGCCAGCUGAUACGGGUCACUUCUGGUUUGUCCACACAGGAGAACGUCAGCCAGUUGGAAAUCCACAGUUUGGAGGUCAUUCUGAGUGCUACAAAGGAACAGCAGGAGAUGAGAACAUUCCCAGGACCUCUGACCAGGGAGGAUUUGCACAAAGUAGAUGCUAUAGAAUUUGCCCACCAGAGGGCGGGCGUCUGCAUGAGAGGUGACAAGCUGCAUGAUAAGAGUUCUGCUGCCCUCUUGUGGAAUCUACUGAUACUGCUCUGCAGGCAGAACGGACAAAUCGUUGGCUCAGAUAUUGCAGAGCUGCUCAUGCAGGGCUCACAUUCAGAUGGAAGCUGGGAGUCAGACACUCCCACACUCAUUGACUUCAGUGACGGCACGACUGCUGAAGGACCACCUCGAAAAGAAGAUGAUGACCUGCUCACAGGAAACUGGAGCAGCUUCAGCUCUGAGUCCUCGGUGAAGGCUUUGCAGAGCUAUACCAAACUGCUGCUGGCUGGAAGAAAGAAGGAGGCCUUGGAGUCAGCCAUGAGCAGUGGCCUGUGGGGGCAUGCGUUUUUUCUGGCCAGCAAAAUGGACAGCAGGUCUUACACCACUGUACUGAACAGGUUUACAGGAGAGCUAACGGCCAGUGAUCCCCUCCAGACGAUCUUCCAGCUGCUGUCUGGGAGAGUCCCUGCCGUCACUGUGUGCUAUGGAAAUGAAAAAUGGGGGGACUGGAGGCCCCAUCUGGCUGUCAUGCUCUCCAAUGAGACGGGAGAUCCUGCUGUCCAACAGAAGGCCAUCGUGACCAUGGGAGACACUCUCGCCUCCAAAGGCCUCUUACAUGCCGCCCACGUGUGCUAUCUAACAGCCGGCGUUCCCUUUGGGGCGUUCACGCAGAAGGCAGAGAGACUGGUACUGCUCGGCAGCAGCCACAGGCAACCCUUUGAGUGUUUUGCUACAAACCCUGCCAUCCAGUGCACUGAGUUGUAUGAGUACUGCCAAACACUUGGGGGCAGAAGCUUUUCAAUACCAUCCUUUCAGGUGUAUAAGUUCCUGUAUGCCAGUCGACUGCUGGACUGUGGGCUUGCAUCUCAGGCCUUUCAUUACUGUGAGGUGGUAGGACAGGCGAUCCUCAGACAGAGGGAGCCUUUCUUUGUGCUGACUGGAGAGGUUAUUAAGCUGUCAGACAGGCUGAGACACUCUGAGGGUCAGUUCAGUGAAGCAGGGGUUAGUGGAGCCGAGCAGGAACCAGACUGGCUGAAACAGCUCCGUGAGAGGUACCACAGUUUACAGACGGGGACUUACGACUGUACUGAACCACACCAGCCACCUCCUGAGGAAAGUGAUUUGGCCCAUGAGGAUAGAAAAGUGUGCUUAGAAUCUGACUUGGAUGAUCCAAGCCGUUCCAUCCAGAGUCCAGAGCCUGAACUCCUUUAUUACAGAGGCAAUGAGGAUCAAGACAUUUUUGAGCAUGGAAUUGAAGGAAACACCAAGGAAGUGACGGUGCCGUCAUGGGAUGUCAGCGGUGCUCAGGGCUGGCCACACGCCAAUUACCCAGUGCCAGUAACGGUGCUUUCUGCUCCUCCAGUGCCCACAGCAGCUGCGAGCCAAGACUUCAGUUAUCAUAACACAGAUAGUGCUGAAGUCAGAACUGCCUCGCCACAUUGUCCUUUGAGUAAUGUGCCAUCAGCAGCAGAGGGGGUUGGGUUGUCCUCAGGAGCAGGCACAAUGGGGGGUCAGAUGUUGGAAUUUGACAUCAAUCAGCAGGGACAAAGCCAGCAUACCAUUCCACAAAGAUUAAAGACCUCCGAGCAGAAUGAGCCUCCUAAGCAGAGUGCCAAGGCGGGAUGGUUCAGUGGCUGGUUCAAGUCGAAACCCAAAGAUGUUCAGAAGCAGAGUCAGGAGCAGGGAAGCCCAGCUCAGACAGUUUCUCAGGAGCUACCACCUACUACUGGCUUCUGUCCUCCUCCCCCACCUGCCAUUGUCUCUCCUGGGAUGUUUCCAUCUCAGCCUUCCUCCGUGGGGAUCAAUCCCUUCUCAAGGAAAGCAGGCCAACAGCUUGGGUAGAAACCACUAGCCCAAAUCACAGGAUCAGUGACCACUGAAACCAGAGUGGGAACAUCACACCACCUACUGUACGUGUAACAAUACUAGUCAUGAGAGCAUCACCUGAGCUUGGACGAUCACCAGUAACAUCCAUACCACUCCCCAGUGCCCACAUUUCUUUUUUAAGGAUGCCCUUUCAACCCC